CGGAGUUAAGUCGCCAUGUCGCCACACUGGUUAGCGGUCGGCCUCCUCUUCGCUGCCUCGCUCGGACAGGCUGAGCGGAAAACGGGGAAAGAUGCUACCUAUCUUCCGGCCAUCGAUCGGAACGUAGAGAACAACGGGACUGAACACCCUACAUUACCCGGGAAUCAUCAUGGCGACGAGGGAGACGACAUCUUACUCACGGAGGAACAGCUCGCCGCAGCUAACUUGAGCAGAUCGUCGGAAGAAUUGCUCGAGAAACUGGGGGACACGAUGUUGACCCCGGAGCAGCUAGCCGCCAUCCUCGACAGGAAAGCGAUCACCGACGUCACCAGACACUGGCCUGAUGUCAACGGCUUCCCUCACAUUCCCUAUACCUUUGAGGACGACUUGGUUGACAAGGCAGCCGUCCGGAGCGCCAUCCAGCACUGGAUCGACAACACCUGCCUCACCUUCACCGAGGUCCCGAACACCAGCACUGGAGAACGCAUUAAGUUCAUCCGACACUCAUCCGCCUGUAACUCUUACGUGGGAAUGGUCAGCGGCAGCGGAGGACAGAUCAUCAACGUGCCCGUGUGGUGUGAGCAGUCGUUUGGCAGUCUGGUGCACGAGGUCGGGCACGCUUUGGGCUUAUGGCAUGAGCAAUCAAGGUCAGACCGAGAUGCACACCUCAUAAUUCUCACACAAAACAUCAGGGCAGCGGCGCUUCAUAACUUCAACCUCUGGACGACCAACAAUUAUGGUGUGCCGUAUGACUAUACCUCUAUUAUGCAUUACGGUGGGCAGGGCUUCUCUCUGAACGCCCACAAUACGAUCGUGACCAGAGACCCGAGGUUCCAAGCUGCAAUUGGCCAGCGCGAAGGUCUCUCCCACAUGGAUAAGCUAUUAGUAAACACCAUGUACGGCUGUACUGACAAACUCCUCAUCACGUGCGGACUAGCUAGUGAUCCCUGUCAGAAUAAUGGUUAUUUGAUAAAUGAUUGCACGUGUGCGUGUCCUGAUGGAACUUCAGGGAGCCAGUGCGAGACAGUUGAUACGCUCUAUAAUGAUGCUAUCCUAGAUAUUAGCACUGAGAUCGUCACCGUUGAGAAAUCCGUUGCAACUGUGAACUACCCUAAUCGUUUCAUGUUUGGUUCGGAUUUCGUCAAGCGGAUAAUCGCCCCCGAGUGUAAUGAAGUAAAAUUGACCUUCACGGCAUUCGAGGUGUGGGGAGCAGUUUUACGAAAUAUAGACGGCGUUAGCACACUCGGCUGUUGGUACGAUGCCCUGGAAAUCAGGACUACUAAUACAACGGAAGGGCAGUGGUUCUGUGGGACGGAUAUUUCGCCUGGCCAAGUGUUCCAGUCUGUUGGAGGGGAAAUUAUUCUUUAUUUCAAAGUUGGGUCAAGUAACAUGCCGGGUUGGUCGGCGGACAUCACCUUUGUGCCAAUUCCUUCCUGCACGCCUUCGGGAGCAGAUACCACCACAACUACUAGUCCUAGCACGACUACAAGCACAAGUACUAGUACGACCACAACUACAAGUAUAAGUACCACUACAAGAAUGUCUACAACUACAAGUACAGCGCCAACUACAAGUACCACUCCAAGAAUGUCUACAACUACAAGUACAGCACCAACUACAAGUACCACUACAACAACAACAAGCACAUCAACAACAACCACAAGUACAUCAACAACAACCACAAGCACAUCAACAACAACAACAAGCACAUCAACAUCAACAACUACAACUGCAACAACCACAACCACAACCACAACGGCCUCGGUUGGUCAGUGUACCUCAUACACUAACAACGGACUGACUAACUUCCUUUCUCCAAACUUCCCUGACGAUUAUCCACCAAACGCGUACUGUAAACUUUCAGGAAUUACAGAGGAGCUCGCCACAGUGGACUUACUCAUCAAGUCUCUUCGGCUGCGUGCUGGCGAUACCCUCGUGAUCCAGAACCCUUACACGCCGCCGCUAACCCUGUCAGGGAGAAGAAGACGAUAUAAGAACUCCAUCCCCAGUGCACAAUUCCUCGCUACUUUCACGUCCAAUGCUGCCGGAGAGUGGAUGGGAUUCCAUGCACAGUUCAGGCCGAGGACCUCCUCUUGCCACAAAGUCCUCUCCGCCAGCCCCGGGGGAGUCAUCAUGUCGCCGAGAUUUCCCCGCAAGCACCCGGGUAGGAAGUACUGUGAAUGGAAAAUCAUGGCGUCGGUUGGCAAGAAAGUUCAGCUGACCUUCACGCACAUGCGCCUGGGAACCUCCGCUCAGAACUACGUGGCUGUGAACCCAACCACCGACCCUUACUACGCCCCUGGCUCCGUCCUUUCCUUCAACGGCUUCGCACUCCCGCCGGGCGUCACUUCGGACUCGAACCUCAUGAGGAUCUUUUUCUCCGGCAGGAGGCGGAGCAGGGGCUUCAGGCUGAUGUAUAGUGAAUUUUAGAGAAAGGGGAGAAGACGAUAAAGAAGGGGAGAGGAGAAGAAGAAGAAGAGAGGGAGGAUGGGAGGAGAGGAGGAAGGGCACGAUCAGUGGAACGUAAAUAACAACUUCUCUUAAUGACCCCGUUUCUUCAGUUUUAUCAUUAUGGUUUUAAGUUUCAAGGUAUGUGUUUGAGGGCUGAUGGUUAAAUGUUUAAAUUGAGUAUACUGAAGAAGGCCUAUUUCCCGUGUUUUUUCUUGAACCUUUAUUCAGCAGUGCAUGGUACUGAAAAGAACCCGGUUGUUAUAAACAUCCCAUUAUAUUCAGUUUGAUCUGAAUCAGAAAUAAAUUCAUUUGUAAUAAAGGAUAGAAUUGUACUUAUCCUGCAAGUGAAAUAAAAAUAAUUUUGGUUGUUA